AGGACAGGGAGGUGCGGCCCCAGGCGCGGCGGAGGCGGAGUCGCCGCCCGCCGGCCUCGGCAUUUCCCCCGGCCCGGCGGCCCGGACGGCGCGGCGAGCGGCCCUGGGUCAUGGCCGGCGGCGGCGCCCCAGGGUGCCGAGCUGCUGGCCUUCGCGCGGUUCCGGGAGUCCAGCAAGCAGCCGCUCGCCUACGGCUAUGGCCCGCGCAGCCUGCGGGAGCUGCGCCAGCGCGAAUUCGGCCGCCUGGCAGGAACUGUCUACCUUGACCAUGCAGGAGCCACACUGUUCCCCCAGAGUCAGCUCACGAGCUUCACUAACGAUCUCAUGGAAAAUGUUUAUGGUAAUCCUCACAGCCAGAAUAUCAGCAGCAGGCUCACCCACGAUACCGUGGAGCAUGUGCGCUACAGGAUUCUGGCGCACUUCCACACCUCCCCAGACGACUACAGCGUGAUUUUCACGGCAGGGAGCACGGCUGCUCUGAAACUGGUGGCGGAGGCCUUCCCGUGGGUGUCCCCGGGCCCGGAGAGCGGCGGGAGCCGGUUCUGUUACCUCACGGACAGCCACACCUCCGUGGUGGGCAUGAGGAAGGUUGCCAUGGCCCUGAACGUCACCUGCGUCCCGGUCCGGCCGGAGGACAUGCGGUCGGCGGAGACAUGGGGCUCGGGCGCGCGUGAUCCCGACGGCCAGCUUCCGCAUCUCUUUUGUUACCCGGCUCAGAGUAACUUCUCCGGAGCCAGAUACCCCCUGUCCUGGAUAGCAGAGGUCCAGGCCGGGCGCAGGGGCCCCGUGGCCGCGCCUGGGAAGUGGUUCGUGCUGCUCGAUGCGGCCUCCUACGUGAGCACGUCCGCUUUGGACCUGUCGGUCCACCAGGCCGACUUUGUCCCCGUCUCCUUCUAUAAGAUCUUUGGCUUCCCCACCGGCCUGGGCGCCCUGCUGGUGAAUAACCGCGUGGCUCCUCUGCUGAGGAAAACCUACUUUGGAGGGGGCACGGCCGCUGCCUACCUUGCCGGAGACGACUUCUAUAUCCCGAGGCGCUCGGUGGCUGAAAGGUUUGAAGAUGGCACCAUCUCGUUCCUUGACGUGAUAGCACUAAAACAUGGAUUUGAUGCCCUGGAGCGCCUCACAGGUGGAAUGGAGAAUGUAACACUGCACACCUUCACCUUGGCUCAGUACACCUACACUGCCCUGUCUGCUCUCCGGUACCCCAGUGGAGCCCCCGUCGUGCGGAUUUACAGCGACUCUGAGUUCAGCAGCCCGGAGGUGCAGGGUCCGGUCAUCAACUUUAAUGUGCUCGACCCCAGUGGGAACAUCAUUGGUUAUUCCCAGGUGGAUAAAAUGGCCAGUCUUUAUAACAUCCACCUGCGAACUGGCUGCUUCUGCAACACUGGGGCCUGCCAGCGGCACCUGGGGAUAAGCGACGAGAUGGUCAAGAAGCAUCAUGAGGCUGGUCAUGUCUGCGGAGACAAUGUGGACCUCAUAGAUGGGCAGCCUACAGGGUCUGUGAGGAUUUCCUUUGGAUAUAUGUCUACACUUGAGGAUGCCCAGGCCUUUCUCACGUUCAUCAUAGCAAUGCAGCUGCACCAGUCUGAUGGCCAGCCUCUCCCUCAGACCACCCCUGGGGAGGCUGGAGCCCCGGCAGAGAGCGAGGCUCAGGACGCCGGGCCUGCCACCGUGGAUAGAUGCAGUCCCUCCCCUCAGGAAGACGCUCCCACAGCCUCUGGGGUUUGCAACGUCUUGCCUAGUGCUGUGGAUACAGUGGGUUCGUGCCCACUUCCACUGAUGGCCACCGGGACCCAGCAGACCCCUUCGGAGAAAACAGCAGGAGUGCUGGAUGGGGGCCUUGGGCCACAUGUCAUCACCAACCUUUACCUCUACCCGAUCAAAUCCUGUGCUGCAUUUGAGGUGACCAAGUGGCCUCUAGGAAAUCAAGGGCUGCUGUAUGACCGGAGCUGGAUGGUUGUGAACCACAAUGGCGUGUGCCUGAGUCAGAAGCAGGAGCCCCGGCUCUGCCUUAUCCAGCCCUUCAUUGACCUGCAGCAAAAGGUCAUGGUCAUCAAAGCCAAAGGGAUGGAGCCUAUAGAGGUGCCUCUUGAGGAAAAUGGUGAACGGGCUCAGAUUUGCCAAAGCAAGGUCUGUGCGGACAGGGUAAAUACUUAUAAUUGUGGAGAAAAAAUUUCGAGCUGGUUGUCAAGGUUUUUCGGCCGUUCAUGUCAAUUGAUCAAACAAAGUUCAGACUUUCAAAGAAGUGCAAAGAGACGGGGCAAAGAUCAGUCUGCCAGUACAAUGGCCACCCUUUCUCUGGUGAAUGAAGCACAGUAUUUGCUGAUUAACAGAUCCAGUGUUUUGGAGCUUCAGCAGCAAUUAAAUGCCAGUGAUGAGAAUGGGAAGGAGGAAUUAUUCCCAAUGAAAGACCUCAUCUCACGGUUCCGUGCCAAUAUUAUUACCAAUGGAACAAGGGCUUUUGAAGAAGAAAAGUGGGAUGAGAUUUCAAUUGGUUCCUUGCGUUUCCAGGUCUCGGGGCCUUGUCACAGAUGCCAGAUGAUUUGCAUCGACCAGCAAACCGGGCAGCGAAACCAAAAUGUUUUCCAAAAGCUUUCUGAGAGGCGCGAGAGAAAGGUAAGCAUGAUUGCCAACUAUGAUCCUGGCUCGUUAUCCACACCAGAGCUGUAGUUCUGAGUAAGAGCGUGGAGUAAGCUUUAGAAGUGGGGAGACAGUCUACGGCUGAUGGGCUACCAUUAAGGUUCUGAGCUCAUCCACAGCACCAACUGAUUUUUCCUUUCCCUCCAUUUCCUUCCUUUUUGGGGUCUUAUGAUGUGUAUUUUUGGUACUUUCAAAUUACAUUGACGAGAUAUGGGGUAUAAAUAAGAAAUGAGUACAUAAGCAAAGUGAUUUUAUUGUCCUGAUCAUUCUUUUCUUCACCACGGAUGUCUCAUGAGAGUAAAAUGCCAUCUAGUGAGUAGAGUAGCUGCAUGGACAAUUUCAGUAAAUUUCACUCUCAGAAGCCUGUAAGUCAUCUUCUUGAAGGUUCAUAUGACCAAAUGUUGUUUUUGUGGCUGCCAGAUGAUAGAAACUGAACUUAUAACAGACCGAUUCUUUAGGAAGAUCUAUGUCUAGGCUAGUACGUUCUGGUUUUGUCUGCCAAGAAUUCUAGGAAGCCAGGCAAACAGGCUGCAUGGAGCAUUUCUUGAAAAUUAACUGAAAUAAGGUAAAUAUUUAAUCUCUCUCUGGUAAUAAAUUAGAAGGUUCACUCAUGGUUUAAAUGUUCUGCUCUGUUUCCUGUGUCUCUCCAAAACUGGGGUUUGUUUCACACUAUGUAAUUGCCACAGUCUCCCUACAGAUACGGGAUAGACUGGUCUGCACUUGAGUGUUUUACCAAUGUGCCUGUCUGCUCAGCGGAGGCAGGCCGUGUCACCUGGGGCGUGGGGACCUUGAGUCUGCAUCAUGCAGGGGAGGGGAUGGAUGGGCACAAAUACUAUGGGGCAUGGAAGGACAAUAGUACUUCUUAGAAUCUGUGCACAUCUUUUUUUUAAAAAUAAUUUUUGGAAUAAUUUCAGAUUUACAGAUAAAUUGCAAAGAUAUUACAGAGCAUUCCUGUGUACCAUUCACCCACAUGGGCACAAAUCUCAGGAAUUAAUUUGGCCUCAGCCCCUAGCUUGGGGCCUGGAACAUGGGGGUGUCCAGCUGAUGUUAUCACAGCAAUGGCCAGGUCUGGGAGCAUGUCGUGUGCUCCAAAUGGUUCUUACUGCCUCACUUGCAUUGAUGGCAAACUUUGAGUAGACUGACACAACUCUUUAUUUUGGAUUGUCCAUCUCUAUUCUAGAGAGUUUGGAGAAUGUAACCUACCCCACAUCCAAAAAAAAAAAAA